AUGGAUGAAACAGACUUUGACAAUUUUGAUUCAGCUCUUAACGAUGAAUUUUCCCUGUCACCCGUUUCACCCUACUCAUCAUUCAGUGACAGUCUUUCACCAUUUUCUAAUGAAUCGUUGUCCUCCAGUUGUCGGAAAAGCGAUGAAGGACUACGGCGACGAAAACGCCGACGAUGUCCGUAUCAGCUUGUACAACAGAGAGAGGCUGCUAACCAAAGAGAAAGAAAAAGAAUGCAGUCCAUUAAUGAAGCGUUUGAAGGACUUCGUACCCACAUCCCUACAUUACCGUAUGAGAAACGGUUAUCUAAGGUGGACACGCUGAGAUUGGCUAUAGGAUAUAUAGCAUUUCUAUCAGACUUAGUACAAACCGACUCGGACAAUCAGGAAAGAUUGAACCCUAAUUCAGGAUUACAGACAAGGAAAGUGGUUAUCCAUUAUCAUACAAGCUCAUCCAUGGAAGACAGUGAAAUGUUUGGAUUACCGCCCUUGACUGGACAUUCUUUAUCGUGGAGGGACGAGAAAAUGCCCUUGGAUGGACGAAAGAAUAUAAUGGUGGCAAAAAUAUGGACACCAGAAGUUCCACGAUCACAUGGCAGUUCCCAGAUUGAGACAGAAUUCCCCAUAUUAGCUGACUCGACAAACCCUUUGUGA